CACAUACGCGCGCUACAUAGAAGCGGCUUUUUCCCUCAUACGCCAUCCCUACCGCUGUUCAUCGGGACCAUAUAUAUAUAAAGCAUUUGCUGAAGAACAACAACCUGCACCUGUGCUAUAACUAUAUAGAUCUGUGCUGUUAGGGACCCGUGGACAUUUAAUGUACUGGGGGAAAGGGAUAUCUGGAUCGGUUUGCCGUGGAUGAGUCAGGCUGUUUCCCGGGACUUUCCUCAGAGAACAGUGUGUAUCUGACAGUAGUUGAACUGCCCCCGCGGUAGAUAGGUUAGGUGUGAACCAGCGUCUCGUCUCGCACCGUGCGGUUCACGGUAUACCGGGCAGCGGGAGUAAAGGUUGGGGCAGCACAGCCCCUCACUGAUGCGCACUCUCAGACAGACCCGUGCAUACUGUGGACGUAUGGGGCUCUUUUUUUAAGAAUAAUCAUUGAAGAUCUUCGCGUCGACUGUUCCUCUGCAACGUACCUGACACCUGUACAGCGAUAGAGAAAAUAUCGAGAGGGGGAGAGAGAGAAUGUGGCUGGAGCAAACCGGUCGCUCUCUCCAAACAAUCGGACCGGUUCUACCUGGACGCAUGCGGAUGAUUUCGCGAUUCUGAAAACUCUUUGCCGUGACAGCGGCACAGAAGAACCACGCAAGAGGGGUUGGUGGGUGGUGGGCGGGUGAGAGGUCGUAAAUGUGGAAAAGAAAGCAACCCAAACCUGAACACUGCAUCCUUUAGUCAAGACGGCAAGAAGUGACGAUGGAUACUACUUAUUCAACGUUUAUCUCGUCCGGUUGGCGUCAAGUGUCGUGAACAUCAUAAGCGAUGUAGUCAGCUUGUUCAUAUGCGUGCUCAUCAUUUGCAGUAAAUACUCGAAUUCGCUCAAAAGGGAGACUAUGAAAAUGAUCCUCCUGCGUAAAUUCCGCGUUCUGAUCCUCAUGGUGUUCCUGGUGGCGUGUUCGAUGCACAUCAUGAUCGACCUGCUGCCGAAGCUGGAGAGACGCGGGAACAGCGGCUGCUCCUGUUCGCACACGCCGAGCGAGGAGCCCGGAGACUGGGCGCAGAAGCAGCUGCAGCCGCUGCAGCAGCAGCAGCAGGGCUGGCCUAACAAGCACACGCUGCGGAUACUUCAGGACUUCAGCAACGAGCCCAACUCCAACGUGUCCUCCAACUCCCUCGAAAAGAAUCAGUUCCCUCCGGUGGGUCAUAAUCAAAACGAGCGGUCGUCUCGCCAGCCCGAGCAUCAAGCUGCCCAGCGCGGUGACCCGAAGAGACACUCGCCGCCCGACGUGGUCGAACAGCAGGGGGUCAAGGCUUUGGUGAGACUGGCGGCCCUCUAUGAACACCCGUUAUUUAAAACAACAUUACCUGCCCUGACGGACGAGGACACGCUGUUCAACGUCAACACCGACAUCCGGUUUGACCCCAAAGCCGCAGAGGACCAGGAAUGGCAUGUGGAUGGAGACGCGGAGGCUUUCAGUCCAACAGGGGCCCUCACAGCCGACUCCUACCCCAACUGGCUGAGAUUCCACAUCGGGAUCAAUCGAUACGAGCUGUACUCACGACACGACCCCGUCAUCGAUGGACUGCUGAAGGACCUGGACGCCCAGAAGAUCACCAGCGUGGCCAUGAAGUCCGGGGGCACCCAGCUGAAGCUGAUCAUGACCUUCCAGAACUACGGACAGGCCCUGUUCAAACCCAUGAAACAGACCCGGGAUCAGGAGACACCGCCAGACUUUUUCUACUUCUCGGACUUCGAGCGACACAACGCUGAGAUCGCCGCCUUUCACCUGGACAGGAUCCUGGACUUCCGGCGGGUUCCCCCGGUGGCGGGCAGGCUGGUCAACAUGACCAAGGAGAUCAAGGACAUCACCAAGGACAAGAAGCUGUGGAGGACCUUCUUCAUCUCCCCAGCCAACAACAUCUGCUUCUACGGGGAGUGCUCCUACUACUGCUCCACGGAGCACGCUCUGUGCGGGAAGCCUGACCAGAUAGAGGGCUCCCUGGCUGCCUUCCUGCCCGACCUGGCCCUGGCCAAGAGGAAGACCUGGAGGAACCCCUGGAGGAGGUCCUACCACAAGCGCAAGAAGGCUGAGUGGGAGGUGGACCCAGACUACUGUGAGGAGGUGAAACAGACGCCCCCGUACGACAGCGGGACGCGGCUGCUGGACAUCAUGGACAUGACCGUGUUCGACUUCCUCAUGGGAAACAUGGACCGCCACCAUUACGAGACGUUUGAGAAGUUUGGAAACGAGACCUUCAUCAUCCACCUGGACAACGGCAGAGGGUUUGGAAAGCAUUCUCACGAUGAGGUCUCGAUCCUGGUGCCAUUGAGCCAGUGCUGCAGGGUGAAGAAGUCCACCCACCUGCGUCUGCAGCUGCUGGCCAAGCAGGAGUACCUGCUGUCCUCCAUGAUGGCCCAGUCCCUGCUGCGAGACCACCUCGCCCCCAUCCUCAUCCAGCCCCACCUGGACGCCAUGGACCGCCGCCUCCGCCAGGUGCUGACCGUGCUGGCCGACUGCAUCGAGAAGGAGGGCUACAGCAACGUGGUGGCGGACGACCUCCAGGGGGAGCCAGCGCACACAUCCCCCAGACAGAGGUAGCUGGCCGGGGAGGCGCAUGCUAGAAGGACCUGAAACCUCCUGGAGAUAUGGGACCCGGAAUAGACUUUUGAUUUCCUCCUCUGGUCGCCGUCUGCUGAUCUGAGACGGCUGUGGCUGUGAAACUGACCACACAGUGGAUGGCACACGUUCGGCUAUUUUAAACUCACGGGGAUGGCUGCCCCAAGGAACCCAAGGCGUUGUUCUUCUGGGAGAGAGAGAGAGAGAGAGAGAGAGAGAGAGAGAGAGAGAGAGAGAGAGAGAGAGAGAGAGACAUAGAGAGAGACAGAAAGAGAGACAGCCUCUCUGAUACAAAAACACAAAGUGUAAAGACUUGAUGAACAAGAAGCUGGUGUUCGGAAUGAGUUGACUGGAUUAUACACAGCAUCGGACCCUACCGCAUCACCUUAAAGAAACCCCUCCCCUACUCUGAUGCUAGCAUCGCAGGCUAGCAUAGCAGGCUAGUGUAGCAGGCUAGCUAUUGCCACCUGCCCCCAUACAGCAGCGCUACCAAACAGUGAAAGAAUGAACGAUUCUUGGGAGGUUACCCUUUUCUCCUUGUCUGGAUAAGGACCUGUUAGAAUUCAAUGAAUUUGAAGGAGAAAACACACACACACACACACACACACACACACACACACACACACACACACACACACACACACACACACACACACACACACACUGAACACUACAAAACACUCAGCCCCCUGAAACUGAAAUAAGUGUUUAAUGUGUUGUUGUACGGCCAGAAGUGUUUGAAGUUGGAUGAUAAUAUUAAGGGGAAAAUGACAUUGGUUAAAAUAUAUUGUGUUGAUUUAUUGCCUUUUUUUUUUGCACAAGAUUAUUUUUAUUAUCAAGUUACUUAGCCUACUUGUUACUUACUUAUUUUCUUUGGCAGUUGGGAUAUACAUAUUUGAUGGGAGUGCCGGUUUACUCCUGGAUCGUUAAAGUUUCAUUUUCCUGUCAAAUGAUCACUGCCCUUUGAAGAUUAUUUAUUGUAGUUUAUAUUUAUUAUUUAAAAUUAGCGAUACAAAACGUCAAUCAUCUAUUUGUUGUUUUGGGAUUGAAUGGGUGAAUUGGGAAACUAAUGUUUAGCAGAGGGCGGAAAAGACAUGUAUGGAGCCAUACAGUACAUCUAGCUGUACUACUGAAGUUGACAACCUUUCUUGAAAUUGUCCCCACUUGCAUCAAAGAUUGUGGGUUUUGCUGUUUCCAAAUCACAUUUACAUUUUAGCCGGGAAAAAAGUACCCAACGCAUAUCUGUUAUUCUAAUUAAACUGACAUCCCAUUGCUUGCCAAACUGUUUACAUCAGUUGUGUUUACAACAUUUUAGUUGUUUUUAAUGUUAUUUCAUUACUAUUACAUUACAUUCCAGGUUAUAUGGAAAGUUAGAUCAACACGAUUGUGGUACCAAAAGGCCAAAUGAACAUUUUGUUUAUAAUUUUAGAUAUUUUUUGUUUUCGUUUUUUGGGGAGAAUAUUUGUUAAUUUUAUAAAAGUAUGUUUGGUGUCCAAAUGUUGGUGUUAUGGAGAGAUAAAAAAAACGGGGAUAAAUAUUGAUGCUUUCUUACUGACAGAUUAUGGGAUAAAACCCAAAUCAGUGGAAGAUUUCGUUGGGUGAAAGUUAAUAUAUACAGUAGGAAAAUCUAGUGCCUGUGCAAUGAUAGAAAUACUUGAAUGUGUGGUUUAUUGAACAAAGGGUUUUGAGGAUGUCACAAGACAUAGUCCCAGAGGUCUACCUAUAUAGCUAUGUGUACGCUGAUACCAUUUAUUCCAUACAUAAGUUUCCAUGGUUCCCGUGUUGGUAUGGUGUGUGUGUGUGUGUGUGUGUGUGUGUGUGUGUGUGUGUGUGUGUGUGUGUGUGUGUGUGUGUGUGUGUGUGUGUGUGUGUGUGUGUGUGUGUGUGUGUGUGUGUGUGUGUGUGUGUGUGUGUUUGUUGCUCUGUGUGUGUGUGUGUGUGUGUGUGUGUUGCUCUGUGUGUGUGUGUGUGUGUGUGUGUGUGUGUGUGUGUGUAUUUGUGUGCGCGCAUGGGUGCCUGUGUGUGUGAGAGAGAGAGGAAGAGAGAGACUAUGGAUGAAAAGCUUCUGUUGUUUUUUUAAUUGAACUCACUGUCUGUGGCGUUUCUUUGCAUCAUGGUAGAAGUGCAAUAAAACGAAAUGUACAGAACAGUCUGAAUUACGCGUCAACUUCCUAUUAAGAAUGUAUUGGUAUUGGAGAUUAAGAAUGGGGUCAAAGCAUUUUGCGCAAUGCAGUGAUAUCAAGCCUUAUGACCUGUUCUACAGCCUCAUCAUCCUGUUCUUCUUGUCUGUCAAUUCAAGCCCCCAAAAACCACAACAUUCAAAUAUAAUGAAUUUAAAUGUUAGUUUUUAACUUUGGGUUGUUUGAUUUAAUCAGCAUUUGUAUGUGUUUAUCCAUGUCUUUUUUCCAGAGAGUAUUAAGCUUCUCGGACACCGACCUGAAGUAUAACGCCACGGUGUGUGCCUACAACAACGCUCACCGCAGAACGACGCGAGACCACUCAAAUGUUUCUCACUUGGUUCGUAACCAUGGAGAUAACUCGUAGGUGUUAUCCCCCUCUGAAUCCUUAAAGAAUUUUGUUGGAAUUCUGAAAAGUUUUCGAAUUCGGGCUGAUGGGGGUUCACAUCUUUAAUAGUAGAAACAAAAAGAAGAAAAAAUACAACACGACACAAUCAAUUUUGGCAUCAGCUGAUAGGACAGUAGGCCUACUGCUAUAGUGGCAAAUAUUUCAACUGGAAUAUUUGAUAAUAAAUAACUAUAGGCCUAUAUUGCUUUUGGGAGCCUACACUUUGUUAUAACCAAUUGUAUUAUUGUAUCAAAAGCGUCUUUGUUUUACAUUGGAAGGAUGUUGCAAAAGUCCACAGUGCCCACACAAACGCCCCCUCAGCCUGGCUAUUGUACAUAAAGAUGUUUACAGUUCCCACUGUACCGUUGUGUUUUGAUAACCUUUCCCUGGGCGAUAGCUCACAGCCCCCGGAAAAGCCAUCGCUUGGUUUAC